AUGGCAUCGUCGUCGGACAUUGCCCAGUUCACGUCCGUCUUCCGUGCCCAGUCUCUGUCCGACCAGCGGCACAGGGUGACCAAGCGCAAUCGGCAACCCGUCUCGUGCCUGGCCUGCCGCGCGCGAAAGCUACGGUGUGACCGCGCCUCGCCUUGUGGCGCUUGUGCCAAGCGCGGAGAUGGGGAUGCCUGCAAGUUCGGGGUCGCAGUGUCCGGGAGUACUGGAAACGGCAAUGAGGGCGAUAGCGGCCGCGGUAGUCACGCUGCUGCUGCAGUCUCCUCGAGCUCGGGAUCUCAACAUGGCGCUCACGGCGAAAGUGGAGAAGCAGUGGGAGAAGGUUUGCUACAGCAGCGGCCAGAAUUGCAGCAGCGGCUACAGAAGCUAGAGGGCAUGGUCCAGGACCUCGUGCGGAUGGGCCUCUCUUCGUCCCAAGCACGGGAUCGGACGGCGCCGGGCCCCACUAAACCCACCACAGUGCCGACGCCGACAAACUCGGAGCCCGGGAGCAGCGGCCACUCGCCGGCUCCGAUCCCGCCAGACGGACAAGAGGCCUACUACGGCGCCACGCACUGGACCGCCCUUCUUCAACACAUCCGCGAGAUCCAAACGGCCCUCGAGCCGGAUCCAACUGUCCUCCCGGAACCACCGGAAGGCGGUGCAUGCUCCAUCGGUCCGGAUUUCCUCUUCGGCGCCGUCGUCGCCGUCUCGUUGCCGGAGGUCUUGUCCAGUCUACCCCCGCGACAGGACCUGGAUAAGUUGCUGAGCGUGUACUUCCACGCCCGGUUCAGUGCCGCUCCCUUUAUUCACGUCGGCCGCUUCCAGCGUGAGUACGAGGCGUUCUGGAAGAAACCCGAGGGUGCAAGCUUUCUCUGGAUCAGCAUCCUCUUCUCCAUCAUCUCCAACGCCACAAUCAUCGUCCGCGGUAAGGGGAGUGCGGGAACGCUGGGCCUGAACCGCAGACUGAAGGAACCCUCGGCCUACACCGGCCGCGCGGUGCAGUGCCUCAUCAAGGGGGAUUACCUCGCCGCAGGGACCUACUCCGUCGAGGCGACCAUCCUGGUCGCCUACACUAGGGUAAUGGGGAGCAAAGACAUGGACCCGACCCUGUCCAACAUGUUUGGCGUCGCGACGAGGCUUGCGCAGCGGAGGGGCUACCAUCUCGACCCGAAGCACCUGUCGACACCCAUCUCUCCCUUCGAGGCCGAGAUGCGCCGCCGGGCCUGGUUCUACUGUGAGACUUUUGACUUGCUACUCUCUUUCCAGUUAGGCAUGCCCGCCAUCGUCCACGAGAGCGAUGGCGACGCCCGCGGGCCCGAGAACCACCCCGACGAGGACUUUGACGAGGACACCAUCACAAUGCCCCCACCGCGGCCGCCGACGGAGCCGACCCCGAUGCUGUACUACUGCUGGAAAUCCAAGCUCUGCCGCAUCUUGAGGAAGGUGAUCCGCCACGCGCUAAGCCCGGCGCAGCCGGCCUACGCCGAGACUUGCGCGCUUAACGACGCCCUGCACACGUGGCACGACGAGCUGCCGGCGACGAUGCGCGUGCGGCCGAUACGCGCGACGGGGUUCACGGAGCAGAACUACACCGUCAUGCAACGGCUGAUGCUCGAGCUCAUGUACAGCAAGGCCUUGUGCGUGCUGCACCGGGCGUAUCUCAGCAGAGACAAGGCGGACCCGCGGUUUGCGGUGUCAAGGGAGAUCUGCCGGGACGCAGCGCUGAGGGUGCUCGACCUGCACGCCGAGUUCGAUCGGGAGGCGAGCCCGGGUGGGAGGCUGUACGAGGAUCGGUACAUGUUGAGUAGCCUGACGUUGCAUGACUUUAUGAUUGCUGCUAUGGUGGUUUGCUUGGAUUUGAACGAGAGCACGGAUACAAGUGACGAGGACUACGAGAGGAAGAUGUCGGCCCUCAGAACGGCGAGCGAAAUCUGGUCGAACCGGUCGAGCUGCUCCCGGGACGCCAGGCACGCGGCAACGGUCCUGCGGGCGAUGGUCCAGCGGCUGACGAGUCAGAGGAUGUGUAAAUCUGGCUCAAGGACCGGAGACCUGAGGACUGCAACGGCGGACGUCGGCGGAAAUGGCUGCUGCGACCAAGACCCGACGUCGUUCAGCCAGCCUUUGGCUGCGAGCCCCGGAUUAGGGGACGCCGGUGGCGGCGGCGUCGGAUGCGGUCAGCUCUACGGGAUGGGGAUCGAUCACGGGUUUGAUUUCGAUUACAUGACGCUGGAUAACGCGCUGAACGACCCUUCGAAUCUUGACUGGACUUUGUUGGACCAGUACUGUAUGCCGGACCGGAGCGAUCAGCCGGCGAUGGACGUUUCCUUGUAA